UAAAAAACAGGCCAGGCGCCAGCGGGCUGGGGCGGCGUGUCGAAAGUGCGGAGCAGAGCGCGCAGGCGCCGUCCUCGCCGCCUCCGGGGCCUGGUGGGGAACAAAGGGAGCGCGGCCGGCGGCGGAGCGGAAAUACAAAUAUAAUGUCAGGUGGCUGAAAAUUUGCCUAUCAAAAUGUCAAAAAGGCCAUCUUAUGCCCCACCUCCUACCCCAGCUCCUGCAACUCAAAUGCCCAGCACACCAGGGUUUGUGGGAUACAAUCCAUACAGCCAUCUGGCCUACAACAACUACAGGCUGGGAGGGAACCCGGGCACCAACAGCCGGGUCACGGUAGGAGAAUCAACUAUUACAUCAUCCGGCAAACAACAGGAAUUGACCAGAAAUGGCUUUAGAGCUUCCUCUGGUAUUACCAUUCCAAAGCCCCCCAAACCCCCAGACAAGCCCCUGAUGCCCUACAUGAGGUACAGCCGGAAGGUCUGGGACCAAGUGAAGGCGUCCAAUCCUGAUUUGAAGUUAUGGGAAAUUGGCAAGAUUAUUGGAGGAAUGUGGCGAGAUCUCACUGAUGAAGAGAAGCAAGAGUAUUUGAAUGAAUAUGAAGCUGAAAAGAUAGAGUACAAUGAGUCCAUGAAGGCCUACCAUAACUCUCCUGCAUACCUUGCCUACAUCAACGCAAAAAGUCGUGCCGAGGCUGCGUUAGAAGAAGAAAGCCGACAGAGGCAGUCACGCAUGGAGAAAGGUGAACCUUACAUGAGCAUACAGCCAGCAGAAGAUCCAGAUGAUUACGACGAUGGAUUUUCUAUGAAGCACACAGCCACAGCUCGUUUCCAAAGAAACCAUCGCCUCAUCAGUGAGAUACUGAGUGAAAGUGUGGUGCCCGAUGUCCGCUCUGUUGUCACUACAGCUAGAAUGCAAGUUCUUAAACGCCAGGUUCAAUCUUUAAUGGUUCAUCAGCGUAAACUAGAAGCUGAGCUUCUGCAAAUUGAAGAGCGUCACCAGGAAAAGAAGAGGAAGUUUUUGGAAAGCACAGAAUCCUUUAACAACGAGCUUAAAAGGUUAUGCAGUUUGAAGGUGGAAGUGGACAUGGAGAAAAUUGCAGCUGAAAUUGCUCAAGCUGAGGAACAGGCUCGCAAGAGGCAGGAGGAAAGGGAAAAAGAAGCAGCGGAGCAAGCCGAACGCAGUCAGAAUAACAUAGCAGCUGAGGAAGAACAGGCAGCUAGCAAGAUAGAGGAGAAGAAGGAAGAGGAGAGUGCUCCAAUGGAGACAGAAGAGCCUCACCCAGAGGAGAGCACAGAAAACCAGCAGAAUGGUGAAGAAGGAACAUCUACCCCGGAUGAUAAGGAGAGUGGCCAAGAAGGGGUCGAUAGCACUGCAGAGGAGGGAACCAGUGAUAGCAACACUGGUUCAGAGAGCAAUAGCGCAACAGUCGAAGAGCCUCCCGCAGACCCUAUCACUGAGGAUAGCGAGAAGAAAGAAUAAAUAUUGACUCAUUUCAUGUGUCUCUUUUUAAUGAAGUUCUGUUUUGAUUUCAAAAUGUGCUACGCGGCUUUUGUAUCUUCCUUGCCUGUAUCGCUUCUCUCCAGAGGAUACUGGGUUUUAGUAACCUGUCAGAUGAUCAACAUAGCGACUUAAAGGGGCCUUUAGCGGCAAAGGAUACAGUACAACAGACAGAAAAGGAAACCUCGUGUCUAAAUGCAGCUGUACAGUGUGGAGAGACGCUGUUGCUUGGGAUUUCUUCUCUAGAAAGGAAGCGUUGGGUUUGGGUUUUAUAUCAGAAAUCAGGCCUUCUCCCUUUCUUCUAGUUAGAUGACCACAGUGAAAAUGCAGUGUUUCUCCAAGGCCCGUCUUGUUCGUCUGUGGCUGAAGUGAGACGCAGAUGUGCAUCGCCUCCCUGCUGCAGCCCUCCUGACCUGGCUUCGCCGAGGGACUGACUCGCCCCACCGCGUCGGGUUAGUGCGACGGCACGUUUGCAGCCAGGACGCGAAUGCUGGGGUCACGGAGGCUGAGGAGGCAGCACGGUUAAUAGCGCUCGCUUUAUAGAGAGGUUAGAAUGUUACGGAGGCGUCUUAAAGUUGUCAUCAGUAUUAAGCAAAUGACACCAGUACGGGGUAUAACCUAGAGCGCUUCCUUGAUCUAACAAAGCCAAAACGCCCCGUGGCAGCCUGGCGUGUGUUACUGCCGCUCUCUUAGUUCUUGCCAGCAAGGAUGUGUACGGCAGCUGCCCAGUUCUGCGCUUUUAAUGAAAUAUUUCAGUGCUCGGGGGUGGUGCUCCUAUGUAAGGCUGAAAGACAACGUGGUCUUGGGGUUUUUUUCUGUAAUCUUUGUUGUCUUUUAUAGGGUAGCCGUGGAAAUUGAACUUGCUCAUGUUCUGCAUGCAGCAUUUCAGGAGAUCCGUUCCCAAGGGACUGCGUAUAGUCUUUGUGAAGUAAAGGACGUAUCUUUGGGUUUUUUUUCUGUGAUGCAGGAUUCUUUUCAACCACAGCCUUCGCUUUGCUACUAAGAUAUCCUGAUAUGACCUCAGCCAGAUAUAUGGCAAAGAAGGUGGGAGAGCCUUCAAACAGGCGUGUUCUCUGAGCAGGCAGUUGCUAACAGGCCACAAAUGGUAAAAAAUAGGAUUUUCUUGCCAUGAGCUUUUAAAACCUUUGGGAGCUCUACAAAUGUACUGAAAAUGCCAUAUUUUGCCCUAUGUAAGCAGAAGCCCUACUGAAGGAAAAACACACUUAAUCACAAUGACUGAUACAAGCCAUUCCGCAACUUUACAAAUACAAGAGAACACAUGAUGCACAUGCUUCAAUAAACUAGAAUGUUUUUACAGAAUAGUGGGUAUAUCAGAUCACAAUGUUUUUUUAAAUCCUUUUGGUCUUUUUUUUAAAUGGUCUAAAAAUAAUAAAAUCCAACAUUUGGGGUUUUUUUAAACUUA